AUGGGCUUUUGCUGGCCGGAAGACCAACUCCACUACAUAUACGCACGCCCCGAUAUCAAAGAGAUUCACGGAAAUCCCCGGAAAGUACUUGCUGCAAUCGACGAAUACCACAACAAAUCCAACAAGCUCAUGAACGUCGGAGCUGAAAAAGGCCAACAUAUGCCAUCAUUCAUGAUCGAGCUCGGUGUCUACGUCGGCUACAGCGCCAUCUUAUUCGGAGAUACCGUAACAUCCCACGGCGGCAAACAAUAUCUUGGGAUUGAGAAGAACCCCGAAAUGGGUGCCAUCGUCAACCAGCUGGUAGAUUUAGCUGGGCCGCGCGACACCGUGCGGAUCAUUGUUGGAUCCAGCGAUGAGGUCCUACAGGAAUUGGUGGAAGACGAACAACUUGAAGAGAUGGAUGUUCUGAAACCAGAUGUUUCGGUAGAGAUUGCGGAUAAUGUUAUUUUCCCUGGCGCUCCUCGAUAUCGAACGUGGGUUGAAGCGACUACGAAGCAGAAACGUGAAAUGGUCAAGGGGGCUGGAAAUGGGGCGGUAAUGCCGAAUCCUGAUCUAGUAUAUGAGAUUGUUCUCACGGAGUUUGAGACUGAUAUUGGUUAA